AUGACGUUAUAUCUAGACAAGCCGACAAUAUACAAGCCAUUCGAAGGAAAUACAAAAGAAGAGUUUCAGGCUCAUGUACCCAAAAAGAAUGAUUUCUUGUUAUGUCACAACUGCGGAUGGAAAGCAAAAAGCCAGGAACAUGAUUACUACUUUAGUCAUAUCAAAUGCACGUGUCAUGCCAGUAGAGGUAUAUGGACUAUUGGAGACAACUACAUUUUGAAAGAAAGACCUGUUUUGGGAAAUGCGAGAGCCAGACAUGUGGGGCCUGAUGUUUCGAUUUCCAAAUUUCUGUGCGAGAAUUCUACUAUACCUGUAGCAAAAGACAUGCGACAGUGGACGGAUAGUAAGAGUGCUUUUUGCAUGAUGGAGAAAGUUCCGGGCGAAACGCUAUGGACAGCUGGGAUGCACAUGAGCCAUGGAGAGAUAAACGUCAUUGCCAAAGAAGUCGUCCAAUAUCUUGUAGAAUUGCGCACGUUUACAUCGACAAAGCUAGAAGCGCCAGAUGGUUCACCAAUACGAGAUGUACAACUAGGCCCUAAUGAGAGAAUACACUUCGUGACGGAAGAUGUUGAAGAAUGGUGGGCUCGUACGGAACAUCGAUUCAACGAAAUAUUCGUUGAAUAUCGCCAAAAUAUCAAAGACCAAUAUCCAGUGAAAGGACCAUACGUGCUCACACAUGGUGAUCUGCAUGCAACCAAUAUCAUGGUAAAGGAUGGUCAUGUUACCGGUAUUAUUGAUUGGGAACAUGGGGGGUAUCUUCCGGAAUGGUGGGAGGCAAUAGCGACUAGAUUGGUCCAACCAGGUUCAUGGGCCCGUCAUUUAAGGGAGGAAUGGAAAAAGCAAAUUGGGCCAUGGCCGGAGAAGGAAGAAAAAAUUGUCGGCCACUAUCAGAAUUGUUACAAAGAUUAUGAACCAGAAACAACUGGAGUAAGGGAGUGCUUUGAUAGAGAUGAUUUGCUGGUAUGUACCAAUUACCGCCGUUAUAUAGAGGAGGUAGGAUGGGGAUUUGAGGAGACUAUUCGUCAACGUGAGAUCCGUAAGAAACAGGCGGCUGAGAAGGAAGACGAGGCUUCGGCAGCUCUCAAAACGUUAAGUUUAGAGAAAAAGAAAACUUAA